GCCGCGCUGCUGUCUUGCAUAUACUCGCCGGCUGUUCGUCUCCCAGAGUGCAGCUCAGUGUAAACAGAGACUAUGGCUGAAGAAGAGGGAGGAGGAGAUCAGAAUAUCAACAAUAACAUGGGGAAUCAAUUACAACUUUUACCGGUAGAAAAUGAAGAAGAUGAUGAUGAGAUGGAAAGGGAAGAUCACGAUAGUGAUGAAGCUGAAAAACCGAACAUUAUGAACUUUGACACUAGUCUGCCAACAUCACAUGCAUAUCUGGGUGCAGAUAUGGAGGAGUUUCACGGCCGCACGGUGCAUGAUGAAGAGAGCUGUCAGAUGAUUCCAGUGCUGUCGCACACCUCCGUGAUGCUAAUCCCUGGUCAGACCCUGCCGCUGCAGCUCUUCCGCCCCCAGGAGGUCAGCAUGAUGAGGACCGUGAUGCAGCAGGACAGGACCUUCGCUGUGCUCGCAUACAGUGAUGCAGGAGAACGGCAGGCAGAGUUCGGAACCACAGCUGAGAUCUACGCAUACCGGGAGGAGCAGGAGUACGGGGUUGAAACAGUGAAGGUGAAAGCGGUUGGGAGACAGAGGUUCAAGAUCCAUGAAUUAAGAACACAGGCUGAUGGAAUUCGACUGGCUAAAGUCCAGAUCCUGCCGGAAAGAAUCCUGCCUUCCACCUUGUCUUCAGUCCAGCUGAGUUCACAGUCCAGACUUCAGAUGCACACAUCCACUCAACCCCCAUCCAAGCACUGCAGACAGGGCCAGGGGUGGUGGCAAAAGUAUCAGAAGAGGAAGUUUCACUGUGCAAAUCUGACCUCAUGGCCUGCGUGGGUUUACUCUUUGUAUGAUUCGGAGAUCUUAAUGAACAGAGUCAAGCGACAACUCCAUGAGUGGGAUGAAAAUCUCAAAGAUGACUCACUGCCAUCUAAUGCAAUAGAUUUUUCAUACAGAGUUGCAGCUUGCCUGCCCAUUGAUGACGCACUGCGUAUACAGCUGCUGAAGAUCGGCAGUGCUAUCCAGCGACUGCGUUGCGAAUUAGAUAUAAUGGACAGAUGUACAUCGCUUUGUUGUAAGCACUGUCAAGAUACAGAAAUAACAACCAAAAAUGAAAUCUUUAGUUUGUCUUUGUAUGGACCCAUGGCUGCGUAUGUGAAUCCCCACGGGUACGUUCAUGAGACCCUGACGGUCUACAAGGCUAACAGUCUCAACCUGAUGGGUCGCCCAUCAACGCAGCACAGCUGGUUUCCAGGAUAUGCUUGGACCAUUGCCCAGUGCCGAACCUGUGGCUCACACCUGGGCUGGAAGUUCACAGCUACUAACAAGGACUUGACUCCUCACAAGUUCUGGGGAUUAACACGCUCUGCUCUGCUGCCGACAAUCCCUAAAACAGACGAGGAGGAGGAGGAGGGGCAGGAGGCCUCAAGGCUUUUGCGCUUGUAACUAGAUGCUGCAUGAAUAGAGAAAAACUUAAAACGAACAAACGUUCAGCAAACUCUGUGCACAUCUUAGCCUGAGUCCGUUGGGGGCAGUGCAACUUCUGAAAAAUAAUAUCUAGCUUUCCACUCAACCUGCAGUUUAGUUUUACAGUUAUCAGAUUUGAGCCUGAUGGUCUUUACUACUGGUUAUGUGCGUCUUGAAAUGUGCCAAGUUCUUUUGUGCAGAAAGUUGCAGAGAAUGUUUAGUCUUGGGAAUUUCAUCUUCAUCAGCAAUCUGUGUUACUGUCAUAUCUCAACCAGGGCAUGCCACCUGUGCUGUAUCAUUUUGUGUUAUUGAAAGCUUUAAGUAAUGCUAUAAGAACUUGGUAUAGUUAGUCAUAUAGGGAAAGGACCCCAUUCGCUAGCCAUAUCUACAGCCUGUGACCUGCGUCACAUGUCUAGUUAUGUUCUCCUUGUGAGAGGACCAGUAUCCUGACACUCUGACCUGUAACUAAUUAUUGUGGUACUAUAAGUGUUCGCUUUCAAGGUUGGCAGGCAGUGCUAAAGGGCAUGUUGUGUUAGGAUUCAAAUAAAAAAUGAUGAUAAAAUUAAAAGCAGUUGUAAGUCUAAUAUAUCUUUUAGGCACAGCUUUCAUUCAAGAAGCACCUUGUCACUAGAAAAUGCUGUUCAGACCAGGAGGCUGUUUUCUCAUAAAACAUUACAAUAAUAAUUAUAAUAAUAAUAAAAACAAUAUGCUGAUAAUCAUGUUGUAAAUGGAAUAGUUGUUUAUGUUUUGUAAAGUUAAAGUUGAUACUGCCUGAGGGAUUAAUUUAUUUUUUUGAUUCAAGGUUUGUGAUGUAUGUCUGAUUUAUGUAGGUGCAAACAUCAGCACAUUGAGGUGUGUAUUACAUGCACAGCUUUGAAUUCCUUUUAUUUCAAACUUAAUAGUCAGAACACUCCUAUAUUUAAAUAUGUGUGUUGUCAAUAGCUGUGGGAGGUAAGCUGGAGGAACUGCUGACAUCAAGAUUUCAGCAGUUUCCUCUUACUUCUAUGUGCAGUUGUCCUCUGCAUUUACCAGUAAAGAUUACUUUGAACCUC